AUGUGUCGUAAUGUCAGUGUGGUGUUGUGUAUGGUGUCUAACACUGGGAUAACCACGUCCUCUGCCCUGAAAGGUGCCAUCCAGCUGGGCAUCGGCUACACGGUGGGCAACCUGAGCUCCAAGCCAGAGAGAGAUGUCCUCAUGCAGGACUUCUACGUGGUGGAGAGCAUCUUCUUUCCCAGUGAGGGAAGUAACCUGACUCCUGCCCAUCACUACCCAGACUUCAGGUUUAAGACCUACGCCCCCGUGGCCUUCCGCUACUUCCGAGAACUGUUUGGGAUCCGACCAGAUGACUACCUGUACUCUCUAUGUAACGAGCCACUGAUCGAGCUGUCCAACCCGGGGGCCAGCGGCUCCAUAUUCUACGUAACCAGGGACGACGAGUUCAUCAUCAAAACAGUCAAUGCCAAGGAGGCGGAGUUUCUGCAGAAACUACUUCCUGGAUACUACAUGAAUCUGAAUCAGAACCCGAGGACCCUGCUUCCUAAGUUCUUUGGUCUCUACUGCGUCCAGUGUGGUGGUAAAAACAUCCGUAUUGUGGUCAUGAACAAUGUGUUACCGCGCGCCGUACGCAUGCACCUCAAGUUCGACCUGAAGGGCUCCACGUAUAAACGGCGUGCGUCGAAGAAAGAGAGGGAGAAAUCGAAUCCCACCUUUAAAGAUCUGGACUUUAUAUCAGAUGUACCGGACGGACUGACACUGGAUCAGGAUACAUAUGGUGCUCUGCUUAAGACCCUACAGAGAGAUGGUCUGGUGCUCGAGAGCUUUAAAAUCAUGGAUUACAGUCUGUUGCUGGGGGUCCAUAACCUGGGCCAGGCUGGGAGAGAGUCCCAGGGCUCACCAGCAGGGGGCGAUGAGAAGAAACCUGUGACCCAGAGAGCCCUCUACUCUACUGCCAUGGAGUCUAUACAGGGAGGGAAGACGUGUAGAGACACACUAGACCACGAUGCUACAAUGGGUGGUAUUCCUGCAGUGGAUGGUAAAGGAGAACAACUCCUUCUUUUUAUUGGAAUCAUCGACAUCCUGCAGUCUUACAGGGUCAUCAAGAAACUGGAACACUCAUGGAAGUCUCUGAUUAGUAAUGACGGGAGUGACCCAGGCAGCAGCCAGCCAGCACGGAGCCACGGGGAGCUGCGCAUGCUAUUGUGUGUACUGUGUGAGUUGGGGGCCACCUCUGCGCUGGGGGUCAGAGUGACCCAGCAGGGCUACACAAGUUCAGACAUGCCCGCUUUAUGUGCAAGAGGACAGCCAGUGGUCACGGUGACUCGAUCAGUGGACCCGAUCAGGACCGAUCAGUGGACCCGAGCAGCCAUGACCGUGCAUUUCACCGCAGCGCAGGUCCUAGAACAGAUCUUCUCCGGCGUGCGACACGAAGACUACUCCGAUUCCGAGGAGGAGGAAGAGGUUUCGGGAAGACGAAGACGGGGAGGAUGCGACCCCGAGUGCGAGGCUGACGAGGGGUCUUCGCGCUCUUUAGAGAGAAGACCGAGGAGGACGAAGGCGAGGACGAACAGCGAGGACGAAGCGAGGGGCAGGCGAACGCCAGGACGAACGCAGGACGAAACGCGAGGAAGAGAUCGCCUCGGCCGGAAGCCAAGGGAGACGCGUUGUCUUUCGGGCCGGACGAGUCAGAUGGACGAGACUCCGGGCCCCACGGCCUAUGCCGCGAGUCAAGCCGCAAAUCGCGUCCGCUUCCUCCUGUCACACCGGCGAUAG